AUGGAGCAGCAGCAGCAGCAGCCUCCUCAGCCUGGAGGUGUUCCCGGACCUACGGGGCGUCGCCUUCACAUCGCCCAUCGCAGGAGCCCAUCCGAGCUAACUCCAUUGAUGAGCAUGUUUGCUAAUCCUGGAAUGGAGCAACUUGCUAUUCAGCAGCAAAUCGAGCUCUUGCAGCAACAGCAACAGCAGAUCCAAGCUACGCAUCAACAGUACAUGAACAUGGGAAUGAUGCCGCCUGGCCAACUCGGCGCUGGUGGCCAGUUCAACCCCCUGCAGCCGAACAUGGCCAACAUGGCACCCCAGGCUGCCUUCCAGUUCCCCAACCAGGUUCCGCAGCAACAGCAGAACAUUCCGAUGGGAGGACCGCCCAGUCAGCCCAUGUCACACCGUCGAAAUCAGUCGGCCCUCCCUAACAUGGGCAUGGGACCUCCCCCCGCUCCUUCCACUGGCGCUUCCGGCUCGACCUUCGGACACUUCGAUAGCAGUAACGCUUCCGGCCACAACCGCGAGAAUACACCUCGAGGCGGCGGGCGAGGGGGUGGAGCUGGCGGCGGCGGUCAUCAGCGGAGACACUCUUUAGCCCUGGCCGAUGCUAAGAAGGCCGCAGAGAUUGCUCAGCAGAAGCGAACAACUUCUGGCUUUCAGUUUCCUGGGCCGGGUGCUGCCGAGCCAGGCGCAUCUGCCGAAGAACCGAAGAGCAGCGCUGCGGAAACCCCUAUAGCACAGGGCUCAUCUACUCGAGGCGGACGGGGUGGCGGACACGGACGUAGCCAGAGUAUGGCAGUUCACGGUCGAGGAGGUGCCCGUGGCGGAGGCGCGAUGAACUUCAACAACAUUGCCACCGAGGUGGGCGACUUCUCCCGUCGCGGCGGUGGCGGCCAGAGCGGCGGCCAUGCUCGAACCUCUUCCCGAAACUUCGAGGGCAACUGGCGCAACCAGCAAACCCAGAACCAGGGCCAAGACCAGGGUGGUCAGGCUCAGCAGAGUUUCCAACCCGGCCACCGUGGUCGCGGCUCCAUGAGCCAGUCCAUCUCCUCCAUCGGAGCGUUCCAAUAUCCUGGCCAGUCCCAGAUCAUGCAAAUCCCCGGACAAAUGCCCAUGAUGCAGAUGUACCCUGGCCAGCAGCUCAACCCCAUGCAGCUGAACCAGCUUCAGGCUCUACAGGCUGCUCAGAUAAACGGAGGGCACGUUGGUCUCCAGGGAAGCCAACACGCGCCGCAGCUUGGCGGUCAGCAAUCUCAGCAGCAACAGAGAAAGACGCUCUUUACCCCUUACCUUCCCCAGGCCACUCUGCCCGCGCUGCUUGGCGACGGGCAGCUCGUUUCUGGCAUUCUGCGAGUGAACAAAAAGAACCGCAGUGAUGCGUACGUGUCCACCUCAGACGGUCUCCUUGAUGCGGAUAUUUUCAUCUGUGGUAGCAAAGAUCGCAACCGAGCCUUGGAGGGUGACCUGGUUGCUAUUGAGCUCCUUGAUGUCGACGAGGUUUGGGGCCAAAAGCGCGAAAAGGAAGAGAAGAAGAAGCGAAAGGACAUCACUGAUACCCGAUCUGGUUCUGUCAGCGGUAAUGGGCCGUCCAAUUCGGCCAAUGGAGAAGAAGCAAACACCGGCGAAGGAGGCAUCCGUCGACGAGGUAGUCUGCGACAGAGGCCUACCCAGAAAAAGAACGAUGACGUGGAAGUAGAAGGACAGAGUCUGUUGCUGGUGGAGGAAGAGGAAAUCAACGACGAAUCCAAACCUCUCUACGCUGGGCAUGUCGUUGCCGUCAUUGAGCGGGUUGCUGGCCAGAUGUUCUCGGGAACUCUCGGUCUGCUGCGACCUAGCAGUCAAGCCACAAAGGAGAAACAAGAAGCCGAGCGUGCAGCCAGAGACGGUGGCCGAUCGCACGACAACCGUCAGCAAGACAAGCCCAAGAUUGUCUGGUUCAAGCCCACUGACAAGCGUGUCCCCCUCAUUGCUAUUCCUACCGAGCAAGCGCCACGCGAUUUCGUGGAGAAGCACCAGGACUAUGCUGAUCGCAUCUUCGUUGCGUGCAUCAAGCGCUGGCCAAUCACGUCUCUGCACCCCUUCGGUACUCUUGUCGAGCAGCUGGGCAGGAUGGGCGACCUGAAGGUGGAAACCGAUGCCCUGCUGCGCGAUAACAACUUUUCCUCGGAUGAGUUCUCGGAGGCUGUUCUUCGAAGCGUUGGCCUUCAGGAUUGGUCCAUCGCCAAGGAAGACGAGGCUUCCAUUGCUGCUCGCCGAGACUACCGCGGCGAGACGACCUUCACUCUCGAUCUGGCCGGUACUGGAGAGCUGGGCGAUGCUGUCCAUGUGAAGACCGAGUCUGACGGGAAGAUCGAAAUAGGUAUUCACGUCCCUGACGUCACCCACUUUGUCAAGCCUAACUCGCUCGUGGACCGUGAGGCCAAGAAGCGUGGAACCGCUGUUCACUUGGUGAACCGCACAUGUGCCUUGCUUCCUCCCAAGAUCGCAUCUGAGCUCUGCACACUCACUCCAGGAGAGGACAGACUCACAGUCAGUGUCGUCUUCAAGGUCAACCCUCACACAGGAGCCGUUGCGGAAGAGGAUACGUGGGUAGGCAAGAGUAUGAUCAAGAGCGCUGCCAAGUUGGCUCUCAAGGAUAUCGACGAUGCCCUAGCAGGUGCCGCUGACUUCAAGCAUGAGGCAGCCCAGGUCAAGGAUAUACAGAUUCUCAACGCUGUCGCACAGAAGUUCCAAGAGGCACGACUGGGAUCUGAGGGUGAACCGACUGCCCCGCUCCGCCUACUUCACCAACUUGAUGAUGAAAACAUUCCCAUCCAGCACAACAUAUUUGAUUCCACACCUGGAACUGAACUUGUCGAGGAGCUCUUGCACAAGGCCAACGCCUACGUGGCGCAGAAGCUUGCUCAAGGACUCCCCGAGAAAGCCUUGCUCAGGCGACAAGGAGCACCCAACGCUCGCCGUUUACAGACCUUUGCCGAGCGCAUGAGGGCCAUUGAAUAUGAGAUGGAUACCACCAGCAGUGGAACACUCCAAAACAGUCUGUUCAAGGUUGAUGACACCGAUAUUCGCAAGGGCAUGGAGACUCUGCUACAGAAGACCAUGCACCAUGCCAAGUAUUACAUCGCUGGCAAGACCAACAAGCAGCUCUGGCCUCACUAUGCCCUGAACCUACCUCUCUACACUCAUUUCACGGGUCCCACCCGACGGUAUGCAGACAUCAUGGUUCAUCGCCAGUUGGAAGCAGUGAUUUCCGAAGGCAACAUCGAGUAUGGCGAGGAGAUUGAGAAUCUGGUGAAGACGAUUGAAUCCUGUAACACGAAGAAGGAGUCGGCCCAGAACGCUCAGGAACAGAGUAUCCACAUCGAGUCAUGCAGAAUCAUGGACAAGAAGCGACAGGAAGUCAACGGCGACUUGAUCAGCGAAGGCAUCGUGAUCUGUGUUUACGAGUCUGCCUUUGACGUUCUCAUCCCCGAAUGGGGCUUUGAGAAGCGCGUGCACUGCGAUCAGCUCCCUCUCAAGAAGGCCGAGUUCAGAAAGGAGAAGAGGGUGUUGGAGCUGUACUGGGAGAAGGGAGUCCCAAGCUCGGCUUACGUGCCAGAAGACGAGCGACCGAAGGCGGCCGCAUCGCAGCGGGCUUCGAAUGCGAUGGUAGCUGCUCGGCAAGCAGAAGAGGCGGAGCGGGUCAGAAAGGAGCGCGAAGAGGCGGCGCGGAAGCAGACCGAGACGGGCACCAUGUCGACGGAUGACGUCGAUGCCCUGUUUGACGAUGAUGACGACAACGCGUCCGACAUCACCGAGGCCAUGGCCGGUGCGUCGUUGGCGGAGCGCCCGACUCAGAGCGUUCCCGGCUCGCCUGCCCGAUCUUCAUCCAAUGCUGCCGGCGUGCUCCACCGUACUCGAUCCGAGUCCAAAGUGCCCAAGGCGGAAGCUGUGGAGACGCGUCUGUCGAACAAGGAGAAAUACCUCAAGCACUUUGCGCUGAGAGAGGUUGGCGGCGACUACAUCCAGGACGUCACAGAGAUGACGAGAGUUCCUGUGAUCCUCAAGACGGAUCUCACCAAGAGCCCACCUUGCCUCACCAUCCGUUCGCUCAACCCAUACGCGCUAUAA